AUGAGGCCUCUGGCGAGCGGGAGUAGGAAGAACCGCGGCGUAUCCCUGGGGCUCCUGGCCCUCUUCCUGGCCGCAGCCCGGUGUCUGCAAAGUCAGGGCGUGUCACUGUACAUCCCCCAGUCCGCCAUCAAUGCCACGGUGGAGGAGGACAUCCUGCUCUCGGUUGAGUACUCCUGCCAUGGCAUCCCCACCAUCGAGUGGAGGUAUACGUCUAACUGGGGAGCGCAGAAGAUCGUGGAGUGGAAGCCAGGGACUCAGGCCAACAUCUCCCAGAGCCACAAGGACCGACUCUGCACCUUCGACAACGGCUCCAUCCAGCUCUUCAGUGUGGGCGUGAGGGAUUCCGGCUACUACGUUGUCACGGUGACGGAGCGCCUGGGGAGCAGCCAGUUUGGCACCAUCGUGCUGCACGUGUCAGAGAUCCUCUACGAAGACCUCCAUUUUGUUGCAGUCUUCCUCGCUUUUCUCGCUGCUGUGGCUGCGCUGUUAAUCAGCCUCAUGUGGGUGUGUAACAAGUGUGCAUACAAAUUCCAGAGGAAGAGAAGACACAAACUCAAGGAGAGCACCACCGAGGAGAUCGAGCUGCAGGAUGUGGAGUGUUAGUCAAGGCUGCGCCCAAUUCCAUUCCUACCUCAGAGGGAAAGUGUUAUUUUUCCAACAAAAGGGGCCAACAUGGCGGAACCACCCUCCCAUCCUCCUGUUGGCCAGCCUUGACCAGCCAUUCCUGAAGGCGCUAGCGCUGUGAACAAAAUCAGCUGUGUGGUGUUGAGGACUUGGGUUGGACAAAGUCAGUUCUAGCACUCACAAGAAGUUCAGGGAGGUCUGGCUGCUUGCUCAACUGCGCUCUGGGGCCGAGGCCAGGGCGCAUCCAGAUGGAGCCCUGAACAAGCUCUCUGUGUUCUUCCCGCCCAGCCUGUCCCUCCCACCUCUGCCGGGAGAGCUUCUGUGAAAAGUUCUACCACGGUCUGCCUGCCGGGCAGAGGUGGAAGCUGCGAGGCUGCCGUUGGGCCCUAGUGAGGUGCUCAGAGCAGGGCCAGGCCCUGGGCUGGAAGCUUUAAGGCGAAGAACUUCAUUUGUGCUUGAGGGACCAGCACUGGAAACAGGAAUUAGGGAGAAGAUUGCCUUUCUCUUCCUCUCUUAUUCUGACAUUAAUUGGAUUUUCCCCUCCUAUGGCCUCAAUUUAAACCAGUGGGAGGAACCCAGAUAUUCUUAGCCACUGUGGGCAGCAACUGGUGUCCAAAGGACUUCCUGACAAGCUGGGUCAUGGUACUUGUGUGAAAGUGAGCCUGCGUGGGGGCUGGAAUGACUGGAACUGUUACCUGAGGCUUCAGAUCUCUGCCCCUCAGUCACCAACUCUUUGUCUCCAGUCAGGCCCUUGCGCUCUCCCAAGUGGGCUUAGGGAUGCUUGUCGCUCACCUACGUCACCAGGGUAUCACAUGAAGCCCACAGUAUGCAUGGAGCUUCUGGGCAGUUGAAGAAAAAGCAUGAGGAUUCUUCAAGGAUCUGGAGAGCAAUAAGCCACCUAUUGAAUGCUGCCAAGUGAGAAAAUGCUCUGGGGUUCUGGGGCUCCAGGUGAAAUGAGGGACUGGCUCAGAGCUGGCCUUGGCUCUCAUUCUCUCAGCUUGUUAGUCACUGUGUUUACUUGAAAGUGUCUCCAUCCCGCCUUCGAUUUGGCAAGCUCUAAAGUAGGAUGAAUUUAUUUUCCAUUCUUCUUUCUCUCUCCAACAUUCUUAGCUACAAACCAAAGGAAGCACCCCAGUUACAGUGGAGGCCAAGGUCAGGAGCUAAGUCCUCAGCCUCCAACUGCAAAUUCACCCAUGCAGACAUGAAGGAGAGCUAGAACAUUCCCUCCUCUUUUCCUUAAGCCCCCAAUGUCCCAUCUCUUCUGCUUAGCAUGUGGCAAGCAAGAAGUUGCCUGGGGAAGUUGGUAAGAAGCCUAUCUCUAAAUAAUCCAAGGUUACAAGAAGAGCUCUUCCUGGAGGAGUCAGACAGGAGCUUUGUGAUCUUCCAGAAGGACUCUUAAAGGCACUGUUUGAUUCAAAAAGCAAGAGUGCCAUUGGUCCACAGGCCUCAUUAGUAGCUGGAGUGCCGGUCCCAGAAGGUUCUCACCUUCAGGCCACCUUCUGUACACAAUUGUGUCCUUUCCCCAGGCAGUAGUCGGAGGAGCCAGGCCCCAGGGCCUUGAGGAAGCCGGGUGGUGUACCCGAACAAAGAGGGUCAAGGGUCAUCUGAUUC